UGGAUCCCCGUGACGCAGGCGUCACACGAACAGAAAGAAAGGAGAUGCUUUUGAACAUUUCCCUCCUCGUCUGCUAUCUUUUCCGUCUGCUUUUUUAGGACGCUGCAUUUCUCCUGGGCUUCUGGGGUGAAGGAAGAGAUUGUUAUUUGUGUUGUCCUGAGCUGACCCACAUGGCUAUGCAAUGCAUGUUUUGUACUGGUUUUUUACACUCAUAUACUUGUUUUUGCGACAGCUAUAUAACUUGCUUCGCACACUUUUACACUCAUAUACUACACUCAUAUACUUGUUUUUGCGACAGCUAUAUAACUUGCUUCGCACACUUUUUGAGUUUUCACACUUAUAUAACUUGUUUUUGACUUGUUCCGGCAACGGGAUAAAUAUUAUUCCCAUAUCCUGAUAACGAACUAGAAUGUUGUGAGAAACGAACUAGAAUGUUGUGAGACAUUGAGGUGCCUGAGGCAGAGGACGGAGGUGACGACUCCUCUCCUGCGGAGACAGGCUGGCCACCUGUUUUCGCACGGGCGAGUCUAUAAAGCAUUUGUUUUCUCAAUCCCGGUUAGAGUCUGCUGUGAACUGUGCACGAGUGUCCAGCUUUCGGUUUCCAGAUUACUCUACCGGGGUGUUUUGGCUCUCCGCCCUCUGUCAACGUCACAGCCUGGUGGCGAGCGUCGGAGCGUGGAUGUUAAGGCUGCUGGUGGGACGUCCGGCGGAAGGGGCCCGAGGAUCACCGUACCAUGGGGUCCCGCCCAGGAGAUGGCCAUGUCGUUGGUUGGGGCACUCUCCUGGCUGUCCUGCCUGCAUGCGGCCCGAGGAACACGCACUCUUGGAUGACACCGGUGGAAGGAGCUCCUCGCUUGCCUCGCGUGGUUCGAGUGGGUUGGAAGAACAGCACCAAUAAUCGCACGCAGGAUAACUUCCGCUGCCCUGUGUGGUCCGUCUGCCAGACUGCAAACAUCACCUUGGAUUGCGACCCCUACCAAGGACCACACGCAUGGUCCAUGAUCCUGAGAACGGGAUGCAACGUCACCGUUGAAGCUGAAGCAAGCCUCUGUCGAUUAACGGGAAAUCCCUUCCUGACGGAAAAUCCCUUCACAUUUCGUGAGGACGUAUCAUGCUCAUCGACCAAUGGGACGCAAUGGACGGUAACGUCAGGCGACACUGACAUCUGGAUUUCAAACUCAACGGAGAUCAUGGGACGCAGGUCAACAAUCUGGGUCAUUUUGGUAGUACCACAACAUCAGCAGGUGACACACCCUACGUUAGUGCCAAUAGUGACAUCAUGCACACACAUGGCUUACCAGAUGACACAUAAUGAGAUUCACUGGGAGAUAAGGUUACCAUCGAUACCAACCUGCAAGCCACGAAGGAACAAACGAGCGUGGUAUGAUACACUGUUAGGGGGAGCGCAUAUCAUAGACGCAUAUCUGGGUUGGAACAUUGAUAUUUGGGAUGCAACAUCAGAAGUUUUACACAAUGUUAGGAUCGUGUUGAAUAGUACCAAAUGUACCUUACAAAUGCUUAAUGCUAAAGUUCAGCAGGAACGUUUGUUGAGAACAUUGACCUCCUCAGCAGUGCAGCUGUGGAGACACUUAUGGAACAUAUCGGACCGCGUAUGGUUACAAGUUAAACCUAGCCUGACUCAGUGCAAUGAAACACACUGUCAAGGAAUGUGGUUGGAAGUAAACGUAACCCGACCCAUGACCAUAUGCAGAUAUCGGAUUUUGCCAUUAAUAGUGGGAAACCAUUAUUAUUUCUUGAAAACGCAUGGGGACUGGUUUAGUCCACAGACUAACCUGACUUAUGAUCUGGAAGGUUGUGACGUAAUGGACAAGGGGACUGUAUGCUUACAAAUGCAAAUAUAUCGAGACCCAUGUUUUACGAAUGACACGGCACUGUGUGAUUGGAAUGUGGAGAAGCCUGAGGACUUGCUAUAUCAGGUAGGGCCCCACUCUAUUUGUGUAGCAACAGUGAAUCCACAUCCCCAGUUGCCAACGACACCGUUUUCCGGAUGUUUAUGGGACGUGCAUCUGUUUACCUGGCACAAUCAAUCGUUUCGAUUGACAAAUUUCAGUUGGACAAACCGACUGUCUACUGUGCAAUGGCAAGCCCUAUCGCUGCCUUGGCGGGUGGAUCUGACACGCUUCAGCAGCGCACUGAACCGUUCGGAGACACUUAAGCAUCUUGUGAAAACUCAUUUGGCAGAUGUGUCCAGGUUGCAGGUGUCCACCAUGAUCGCCCGGAAUGAGGUGGUACAUGCCGCCAGAACGAUUGAGCAAUCUUCGGCUCAUCACUGGUGGGAUGUAUUUGCAGGAAUGUCGAUAACAGCACGGCAACACUUAGCCCCUCCAUUAUUGGUUCUUAUCAUAUGCUUGGCUUUGAUGACUUUACUUAACUGCUGCAUGUUUUGGUAUAUUAGACGCACCCGAGCUAUUUUGUCGCGACGGAUUUAUAACGCAGUUUCUUGAAUAAUGAAAAUAGAACUAUACGAUGAUUUGGGGCCGUUUGGGAGGGAGAUAACAAAGAUGGUUGUGGAAGCUGACCCUCCGGGUCAUCAUGUAUCCUGGUGGCCAAGGCGUUCGGACCCCCUGCAUUUAACAUUUCCUGAUCGUAUCCGUAUGUAUCGAUUUGUUAUUGGGCACAUGUUAAGCGGGAGUCAUGACAUUAUGAUGUUGUUUCACCAGGGGGAUGCCUAUGUCAAUUGGAUGUUUGAAAAUGAGGAUGAUCUACCUGAACGGUUUAUCAAUUAAGUGGUGGUUUCAGCUCAGGCCACAGGGUGGAAUGAAAGAAGAAAUUGUUAUUUGUGUUGUCCUGAGCUGACCCACAUGGCUAUGCAAUGCAUGUUUUGUACUUGUUUUUUACACUCAUAUACUUGUUUUUGCGACAGCUAUAUAACCUGCUUCGCACACUUUUUGAGUUCUCACACUUAUAUAACUUGUUUUUAACUUGUUCCGGCAACGGGAUAAAUAUUAUUCCCAUAUCCUGAUAACGAACUAGAAUGUUGUGAGAAACGAACUAGAAUGUUGUGAGACAUUGAGGUGCCUGAGGCAGAGGACGGAGGUGACGACUCCUCUCCUGCGGAGACAGGCUGGCCACCUGUUUUCGCACGGGCGAGUCUAUAAAGCAUUUGUUUUCUCAAUCCCGGUUAGAGUCUGCUGUGAACUGUGCACGAGUGUCCAGCUUUCGGUUUCCAGAUUACUCUACCGGGGUGUUUUGGCUCUCCGCCCUCUGUCAACGGUAAGGUAUGCUAUUCUGGAUCUGAACUGUGUUGUUUGGAGUGUUAUGUGGGGGCAUGGGGGUGACAGCUUGUGUCUAGCAUAAUAACUCAUGAUGGGGAAUGUUGUG